AUGUCGGAUUGGGAAAAUGUCACUGUUAUCGGAAGAAAGGCCAGAAGCUCUACAAAUACUGGCCCUAAGGAAAAGGUCGUCAGAUCAUCGGGUGCUCUAAAUGCAGCCAGAAGACAAGGUGCCGUCACCUCAGUUGAAAAGAAAUAUAAUGCUGGUAAUCUUAGAGGCGAUCCAGAAGGACAACGUCUAACGAGGGUGGAUAGAAGUGAUGAUAUCGUCGUUCCAAAGAAGUUGGAUGCAGAUGUUGGUAAGGUUAUUCAACAGGCUAGACAGGAAAAGAAGUGGACUCAGAAAGAUCUAGCCCAAAGAAUCAAUGAGAAGCCAACCAUUGUCAACGAGUACGAGUCUGGAAAAGGUAUUCCUAAUCAGCAGGUCCUCGGUAAAAUGGAACGAGCUCUGGGUAUCAAGUUGAGAGGAAAGAAUCUUGGUGCUCCAUUGUUCAAGAAGAAGAAUUGA